AUGGGAGAAUUCCCUUUCCGGGAGGACGAUGCGAAUCGGUUCAGCGGGCCGGCGUUGUUCCUGCGCUCGCGUGAUAGCUACUACAUACCCGAGGACAAGUGGGCCGAAGCCAUCCGCUCUUUCUUUCCUACCUCCUAUAUUGAGGACGUAGACUAUGAGGGGCUUCACCUGGCUCUGGAAAAGCCUGAGCUGGUUGUGAAUGCGGCAGUUGAGUUCCGGCGGAACCCAAUGGUGUAUCUAACCGACAGGAAAGUCGAGAACCACGGAGGGCCAAAAAUGGCCUGGGAACUGUGA